AUGAAGGUUUCUAGCCAACUCGCUGUUGCUGCGCUGGCCUCUUUUGCCACUGCCGCCUCAGUCGAUGUUCACAAACGCGAGACACCUCUGAGCGUCAAGCUCGCAGCCAGUGGCAACUCGGAGGUCAAGGUCACUCUCACCAACAACGGUGAGAAGACCUUGAACCUGCUCAGCAAGGGCACAUUCCUGGAUGAGCAGCUCCCCGUCGAGAAGGUCCAGAUGUAUGCUGCCGGAGGCAGCGACAAGGUGGCUUUCGAAGGAAUGAAAGUUCGCUUAUUGACUAGUGGACUCAAGGCAGAUGACUUCGUCACCCUUGCUGCAGGCGAGACUAAGGAGAUCACAGUCGAGACAGCAGCUCUCCACUCGCUCCACGAGGGCGGUGACUUCGAUGUUUUUGCUAAGGGUGCUCUUCCCUUCGCUGAGGGAGCUUCCACUGAGCUCGCUGGUGCUCUCGACUACGAGUCCAACAAGCUCAGCAUGACCAUUGAUGGCGCUCAGGCUGCUUCUGUUGCUAAAGCACUCAACAAGCGUACUGCUAUCGGAUCCAGCUGUACUGGCACCAAGUUGAGCACUGUUCGCACCGCGCUAUCCAACUGUGCUAGGCUUGCAAACGCUGCAGCCUCUGCUGCCACUUCUGGAACCAAGCUCACAACAUACUUCAAGACCACUUCUUCCGCUAGUACCGUCGCAGCACGUCUGAGAGCAGUUGCAUCCGACUGCGGUAGCACCUCCAGCCGUACCACAACUAAUUGCAACGACCCCUACUCCGGCUGCUCCUCCAACGUGCUGGCGUACACCGUUCCUUCGGCCAACUUCAUCACAUACUGCCCCAUCUUCUUCAGUGCGCUCCCAGCGCUUGCUUCCACUUGCCAUGGCCAGGAUCAGGCCACUACUGCGCUUCAUGAGGAGACUCACGCCCCUGGAGUAUAUUCUCCUGGCACUCAGGAUAAUGGAUAUGGAUACGCUGCCGCUACUGCACUGUCCGCAAACCAGGCUUUGAACAACGCAGACUCAUACGCUCUGUAUGCCAACGCGAUCAACCUCAACUGCUAG